AUGUCGCUCAUUUCCUCCUUAUGCGUAAGCAAAGACCCACCCCCCCCAAAAUCUUCACUUGACGAAGCAGAUAUCACACCUGAAGUGUCGGCUUCAUGGCUGAGUCUUCUUUGGUUUGGGUGGAUGACGCCUUUGCUGUCUUUGGGUCACAUGCGACCUCUCGAGGCCACUGAUUUGUACAAGCUUCCACAUGAGCGUACGGCAGCUCAAAUAGCAGACAAGAUACUAGCAUCGUUCGACGAGCGAUGUAAAAGGGCUGACGAGUACAACGUACGGCUUACCCGCGGAGACAUAGGUCCUGGCUUGAAAGGUUUAUGGUGGUCAGCGACAGGCAACCGAGUGGAACGGGAAAGACAGUGGAGGGAAAACGAUGGCAAGCGUCAAGCAAGCCUAGUUUUAGCAAUCAAUGACAGUAUCAAGUGGUGGUUUUGGUCAGCUGGAAUCCUAAAAGUUAUGGGAGAUACUGCACAAGUGACAAGCCCGCUUGUUGCUAUCGUUAUUUUUGCCACAGAGUCCUAUGUCAGUCACUUUACUGGCGCACCGGUGCCCUCUAUCGGAGUGGGUAUCGGCUUGUCAUUCGUUCUCCUGGCUUUGCAAGUUGUCAACUCGUGGUGUACCCAUCACUUUUACUAUCGCAGCAUGUCAAGCGGGGUUUUAGUUCGCGGAGGGCUCAUUGCAGCUAUCUACUCGCGGUCCCUUCGUCUAUCUGGUCGAGCUCGUUCCACCCUCAGCAAUGGGAAACUUGUGAACCAUAUCUCUACAGAUGUGUCUCGAAUUGACUUCUGCCUCGGCUAUUUUCACAUGUCCUGGAGUGCACCCAUCCAACUUGUUAUUUGCCUCAUAUUAUUGCUCGUGAACCUGGGUCCUAGUGCACUGGCUGGCUUUGCGGUGUUCGUUGUGGUUACUCCUUUGCAGAGUAUCUUCAUGACUCGGUUAUUCACGUUGAGACGAAGCAGUAUGCAAUGGACUGAUAAACGUUCGAAGCUUCUUCAAGAACUGUUAAGUGGUAUCAAAGUCAUUAAAUUCUUUGCUUGGGAGAUCCCAUUCCUCAAACGUGUAUCUUCCUUCCGACGAGAAGAAAUGGGGUGCGUACAUCCGGUCCCUACUUAUCGAGCAGGACUGAGUGCCAUGGCUAUGUCGUUGCCUGUCCUGUCCUCUGUCGUGGCAUUUAUUACCUACUCGUUGGCAGGUCAUACACUUAAUGCAGCUAUCAUUUUUUCUUCGCUCGCGCUGUUUCAGCUGAUUAUGAUACCAUUGAUGUUUCUACCAAUGUCGUUGAGUACCAUCACUGACGCCCAUAAUGCUGUCAUCCGUCUUCGGGGCGUCUUCGAGGCUGAAAUGUUGGAUGAGACUGUGGUAAUCGAUAACGACUUGGACGUUGCUAUCAGAGUACAAGGCGCUAGCUUUUCCUGGGACAGCUCUCCCAAGCCUGGAGAACGAGGACAGCCUAAAGGUUUUAACCUGGAGGGGGAAAGCAAAACCCCUGCUCCCACAGCAGAUGAAAACAACGAUGACGAAGAGAAAAUAUUCAAGUUGACCGAUAUUGACUUCUCAAUCCCGCGUGGACAAUUGUGUGCCAUUGUUGGUGCAGUUGGAGCGGGUAAAACGUCCUUGCUGCAAGGUCUCGUCGGUGAGAUGCGUCCAACAGCUGGCUCUGUUGCGUUUGGUGGCACCGUUGGAUACUGCGCUCAAACUGCUUGGAUUCAGAAUACCACGAUUCGUGAGAACAUUUGCUUUGGGAGGCCAUUCGAGGAACAGAGAUACUGGAAAGCCAUACGCGAUGCCUGCUUGGAACCUGAUUUGGAGAUGCUACCUAAUGGUGAUCUCACAGAAGUUGGCGAAAAGGGUAUUUCACUUUCUGGCGGACAAAAACAACGAAUCAACAUCUGUCGUUCUAUCUAUUGCGACACUGAUAUACAGAUUUUUGAUGAUCCCUUGUCGGCUCUCGACGCCCACGUUGGAAAAGACGUGUUCCAGAAUGUUCUUAAGGGAAAUCUAGAAGGGAAAACCCGUGUUCUCGUAACGCACGCUCUUCAUUUUCUCCCCCAAGUGGAUUACAUAUACACUCUACUUGAUGGCCGUAUCGCAGAACGAGGCACAUAUUCCGAGCUCAUGGCAAAUGAUGGCGCUUUCUCCAAGUUUGUCUGUGAGUUUGGAUCAAGCGACAAGUCCGACGAUAGCGGUUCAAAUAACCAGGAAAAAGUAGAAGGUAGGAAAGCGAAAGGUCUUGAAAAUGCAGUUCCAGGCAAAGCGAUAAUGAAGGAAGAAGAAAGGAAUACAGGUGCUAUUGGUAGUGCUAUCUACGGAGAGUUCUUCCGAGCGGGGAACGGACUCAUAAUCGCCCCUCUAUUACUUAUUUCUGUGAUUCUGAUGGAAGGCUGUAGUGUUAUGUCGUCAUAUUGGCUUGUUUACUGGCAAGAAAGGAAAUGGCCACAAUCCCAGGGUUUCUACAUGGGCAUAUAUGCUGGCAUCGGUAUUUCUCAAGCCUUGAGUAGCUUUUUAAUGGGAACUACGUUUGCUUUUUUUGUCAUUUACGCUUCACAAGCACUCCAUGGUGUGACUAUAAAACGCGUAUUGUAUGCACCGAUGAGCUUUUUUGAGACGACACCACUGGGGCGCAUUAUGAACCGAUUCACCAAAGACAUGGACACACUUGACAAUAUGCUCGGAGACUCUAUGCGACUGCUGGUUGCCACAGGCUCUUCAGCCCUAGGUUCUAUCAUAUUAAUAUCUGUCAUUGUGCCGUGGUUCCUCAUUGCGGUCGCUGCCGUUUCUGUAUGUUACUUCUACGCCGCGCUGUUCUACCGUUCCAGUGCUAGGGAGCUCAAGAUUGCUUGUUUGUCUAAUCUAAUUCUCUUAGACGCUAUCCUGCGGUCGUCAUUAUAUUCUCACUUCUCUGAAUCGCUCUCUGGUUUGACCACCAUCAGAGCAUAUGGCGAAAUUGCUCGUUUCCAAGCGGAGAAUGAGAAACGCGUGGACAUCGAGAAUCGACAUUCAGUAUCAUGUUCGCCAAACUGCAGAGUAGAGAACGAUAUGAAUGCAGUAGAGCGUAUCGUACACUAUGCUAACCAAGCAGAGCAAGAGCCUCCCCAUCAGCUUGACGCAUGCACUUUAUCUACUCCAUGGCUUUCGGAAGGACAAGUAGAGAUGAAGGAUGUUGUUUUGAAGUAUCGUCCUGAACUUCCUCCGGUUCUGAAGGGCCUUUCAAUGUCGAUAAAACCUGGAGAGAAGAUAGGGAUUGUUGGCCGCACGGGUGCUGGCAAAUCGUCAAUCAUGACGGCCCUUUUUCGCAUCGUGGAACUAGAAUCUGGUUGUAUAUCGAUCGACGGUGUUGAUAUAUCUUCUGUGGGUCUGAUGAAAUUACGGAGUGGGCUUUCUAUCAUUCCUCAGGAAGCUGUGAUUUCCGGUACACUGAGGUCGAAUCUAGAUCCUUUCGAGUUGUACGACGAUGCCAAGCUCUGGGAUGCAUUGAAGCGAUCAUAUCUCGUUGAACCGUCGAAGGAAUCACUGCCUGAAGACACAUUGGACGAAAAAGCACCAGUUGCUCGGUUCAACCUAGACAGCCCCAUCGACGAGGAAGGUAACAAUCUUUCGGUUGGACAACGAUCCUUAGUCUCGUUAGCGCGGGCUUUGGUGAAUGACACGAAAGUGCUCAUUUUAGACGAAGCAACGGCGUCUGUUGACUAUGAAACCGAUCGCAAAAUUCAAGAAACUAUUAUGACGGAAUUCAAGGAUAGGACGAUAUUAUGCAUUGCUCAUCGUCUACGUACUAUCAUAUCAUACGACAGAAUAUGUGUGCUUGAUGGCGGCCGCAUCGCUGAAUUCGACACGCCAAGCACACUAUAUUCCAUACCUAAUAGCAUAUUUAGAGAAAUGUGCGAUCACUCUUCCAUCUCUUUGGACGAUAUUAUGUUUGGGUCCAAAAGGAUGGAAGUUGAAUGA